GUGAGAUCAGCCUUUCGGUCAGAGAAAGGAGAGACGUUUGCUUAAUAAAUGCAAGCUCAUUUUAUUCAAGAGUUCUGAAUACCGGGGGUAAUAAUUUAUUCCUGCAUUCUGUUGUAAACUAUUCCCUAGCUGCCUGUAACCAUAUUAUACUAUAUUUUGGUUGAAUUUUGCACACAAGUAAUUUUUUGUUUUUCCCCAUUUAUGAAAGAAUUGUGUGGAGUUAUACGUCUUAAAGAAGCACCAUGUCGGCGUAUCACUGGGAAGCAAGAAGAAAACAGUUUAGACUGGACAGAAGAACUACACGUGAGAAACAGGUGAGAACUUUGUAAAUGUCAAUACUAUUGCCAUAUGCAGCGUAAGGAUAAGUGCCAUCCUGCUUAAUGCUAUAUUUCUUAAACUUGGCAAAGGUAUUACCAAUUUAUAUACAAAACCUGACGUCCGAUCAGCACCUGUCAUAGGUCAAAACUGCUGUGGAGACCAAACUAAGAAAGGUGUGCAAUUCAAUAAAUAACUGAAUCAGGGAUAUAGUAGUCAUGUAUAGCAUAAUUAAUGCAAAAUAACAAAUGAAUGAAUGUUAUUGCUAAAAUCAAGCAAAUCAGAAUUUCAUCAUCAUGGAAUGCCAAGAUCCGAAUAGUAUUUUACUGAGGAACUGAAUUUAGAUAUACCCAUACUUCCCAAGUGUCCCUAUUUAGGAGGGACAGUCCCUACUUUGAGCCCAAAUCCCUCUGUCCCUCUUUUCUAGGAGCUCUAUAUCGUUGGUGUGUCUGAAUGUAUAACAGAGCUCCAUAGAAAAAAAAGUCAUAGUAAUGUGUCAUAUUAAAGACAACCACUGCCCAAAUAAACAAAAACAAAAAAAAGGAACAUACCAUACUAAACUGCGUUAGGUGUUUGAAGCGUUCCUUUAAACUACAAUAACUGUCGCCUGAGAGGGGAUAUGAUAACAUUAUACAAAUAUAUUCACGGCCAAUACAAACCAUUGUGUGGAAAUCAAUUCACAAACCGGACUUUACGUAGGACACGAGGUCAUGUGUUUAGACUAGAAGAAAGAAGAUUUUGUCUAAGGCAAAGAAAAGGUUUUUUUUUACUGUAAGAACAAUAAGGAUGUGGAAUUCUCUACCUGAAGAAGUGGUUUUAUCAGAUUCCAUACGGAUGUUCAAACAGCAACUAGAUUCAUCCUUGCAAAAAUAGAAUAUUCAAGGAUAUAAUUUCUCAAUGUAGGGUAAUAGCUUCUUGUUCCAAGGAUAAAUCUGACUGCCAUUUGGGGUCAAGAAGGAAUUGUUUUCCUAGUUUGUUGCAAAAUUGGAAGUGCUUCAAACUGUGUUUUGUUUUUUUUGCCUUCUUUUGGAUCAACAGCAAAAAAUGAAUGUGAGGAAGGCUGAACUUGAUGGAGGCAAGUCUCUUUUCAGCCAUGUAACUAUAUAACUAUGUAACUGUGUUUAGAUAUCAGUUGGUGUAAAUAAGAUACAUUGUUCUUGUAAUUACAAUUUAGUUGCAGAAGAAGAGUUUAUGACAUGCCUAUCUUCCUGGCUGGUAUAUAUUCCUCAUUCUUGGGUCCUGGGAGUCUGAGGGCUCUGCGCAGUAUCUUAGCUGUUCCUAGAACUGCACCCUUCUGGACAGCGAUCUCAGAUAUCCCACCUAGAAUCUGUUGACUCCACUCCCCCAACUUGGGGGUCACAGCCCUGAGUGCUCCUAUCACAAAUGGGACUACUACUGCCUUCACUUUCCACAUCCUUUCUUGCUCUUCUUUCAGUCUUUGGUAUUUGUCCACGUUCAUAUGUUCCUUCUUCCUGAUGUUAUAGUUACUGGGUAUUGCCACAUUUACCACCACAUUAGUCUUCUGUUACUUGUCUACCACUACAAUGUCAGAUUGGUUGGUCACUACUUGCUUCUCUGUCUGGAUAUGAAAGUCCCACAGGAUCUUAGACCUGUCAUUCUCUACUACUUUUUAUAGUAUCUCCUAUCUAAACUUAGGCAGAUCCAGCUCAUAUUCUGUGCAGAUAUUUUGGUACACAAUCCCAGCAACUUGGUUACCUCUCUCUGUGUAUGUUGUCCCUGCUAAUAUCUUGCACCCAGCUACUAUGUGCUGCAUUGUCCCAGAGUCCUCUUUGCGCAGUUUGCACCUUGGAUCUUGCCUGAAAAGGCAGUGUUUGCAUGAAAAUACCACGAGGGAAUGAUUAUACUCACCAAAACUACUUUAAGCUGUAGUUGUUCUGGUAUCUAUAGUGUCCCUUUAAUCUUCACUGGAAAUCACAAUUUUUUUUAACUAAAUCCCACUUGAUUUUCAUACUAAAUGCUCGAAACCAAGCAUUUCAAAAUCGCGGCCCACAAGUACCAUCUUUGCGGCCCGGCGAGCCGCGAGUACAUGCUUGGUGUUAUAGCAGAAAAUGCACCUGCUUUCCCCACAUUGUAGGUGCCUACUCUGCUAACAUUUGCCUGGCCGGGGAGGAUGGCCGCGAGGGAGCUCCGUGUUCCAGCUCCUCACUGCUCCCUCGCGUGCGCCGACUGAAGUGAAGCCGGGCGCCGGAAUAUGAUGUCAUAUUCCGGCACUCUGCAUCACUAAACCGCACAAGGGAGCGGUGAGGAGCAGGAAGGACCCCAGGGAGAUGCCCCACAUCGGCUCCAUAAGGUAAGGAGCAAUAAAAAAGUGUGUGUGUGCAAGAAUGUGUAAGUGUGUGUCUGUCAGUGAGUAUGUGUGUGUCUGUCAGUGUGUGUGUCUGUCAGUGAGUAUGUGUGUGUGUCUGUCAGUGUGCGUCUAUCAGUGCUUCUGUUAGUGAGUAUGUGUGUGUCUGUCAGUGAGUAUGUGUGUGCGUGUCUGUCUGUCGGUGUGUCUGUGUGUGUGUGUCGGUCAGUGAGUGUGUGUGUGUGUCUCUAUCUGUGUGUGUGUGUGUCUGUCAGUGACUUUGUGUGUGUCUGUCAGUGAGUAUGUGUGUGUCUGUCAGUGAGUAUGUGUGUGUAUGUCUGUCGGUGUGUCUGUGUGUGUGUCUGUGAGUAUGUGUCUGUAAGUAUGUGUGUGUGACUGUGUCUGUCACUGUGUCUGUAUUUAUGUGUCUGUCUGUCAGUGAGUAUGUGUGUGUGUCUGUGUCUGUCUGUGAGUAUGUGUGUCUGUGUGUCUCUGUCAGUGAGUGUGUCUGUGUGUGUCUAUCAGCGACUGUGUGUGUGUCUGUCAGUGUGUGUGUCUGUCAGUGAGUAUGUGUGUGUGUGUCAGUGUGCUUCUAUCAGUGUGUCUGUUAGUGAGUAUGUGUGUGUCUGUCAGUGAGUAUGUGUGUGUGUGUGUGUGUCUGCCUGUCGGUGUGUCUGUGUGUGUGUGUCUAUCUGUGUGUGUGUAUGUCUGUCAGUGAGUUUGUGUGUGUGUGUCUGUCUGUCAGUGAGUAUGUGUGUGUGUGUGUCUGUCUGUCGGUGUGUGUGUGUGUCUGUCAGUGAGUAUGUAUGUGUCUGUAAGUAUGUGUGUGUGUUUGUGUCUGUCAGUGUGUCUUUCAGGGGUGGGGGCCAGGGGGUAGGACAUUAGGUCCCCCCCUUAUUCUAAUUUAGGGCUCCCACCCACCAUUCAGGGGUGGGGGCCAGGGGGAGGACAUUAGGUCCCCCCUUCAGGUUAGAAGCCCCACUCGCGUGGUACGGGCUGCUCACUGUUUACUAAACAUGCCCCUACUAGCGGUAUAAUGUAUAAUGUAUAGAUGAGAAAAGAGAAAUAUAAAGUAUAGGAGUGCUAAGUCAAAUGAAAUUACUUACAUAAUCCCUGUUAAGUCCUCUAGGCAACACACUAUCACAAACAAGUUUUUAUUCAAUACAUUUUUUUUUCUCUAGCAAUUAUAUAUUACCUCCCCUUCUUGGCUUCUUAAUUUUAGUGAUAGUUUGGAAAAACAGCUGGGAGAUAUUGUGAACGUUUUGCACAGUGUGCUGGUAUUUGGAGAAAUGCUUUCUUUGUUCUUACAUCAAACUUAUGAUUAUUAAAUAUUUUAUUCAGCUUUUGAGUAGUUUCCCCAAUGUAGAUAAGGUCACAGGAACAUUUUAAUAAAUAAGCUACAUACGUUGCUUGGAAAGAAACCAUAAUCUUUCAUCUUAUAGUGGUUUCCUGUCCUUAGAUUGUGAAAUGUGUCCCCUUAAAGGGUCACUCCCCCUUAAAGGGUCACUCCAGACCCCUAAACAACUUUAGCUUGCUGAAAGCUUUAUAUGUGAAGUGUUUCCUCUUUUUUUCAGUUUGCAAAAAGUGCAUAUUUCAAUAGAAAUUUACAUUUUUAUACAUUAUACUGGUUACACCCCACUGACUUUCAAGCAGACAAAAGGUAAUGUUACUUCCUGGUUUUGUUAGCUCAAUGCAGCUGACCUCAGCAAUUACCCAGAGCACCCGACUUACAAAAACUUCUCAUUGUGCUGCAUUGGGAAGUCUGUGAUUGGACAGCCACAGAAAGUCUGGAGUUAGAAGGGGAAAGCUUGCAAAGGUAGCAGACGAGAUUGACGUUUUUGCAAGCUGUUUUUAGAUAUAUACCCAAUGAAAAAAAAGUUAAUUAAAUGCAUGAAUGUUUUCAUUUGUGGUAUAUCUACUAAAUUGUGAUUUUUAUUUUAUAUUUGGGCAGUGGAGUGUCCCUUUAAUUAACGAAUUACAGAAUUAACAUUCCAGAUAUGCAAAUGUAAAUAUCUGGCUUUUAGCAGUCUGACUUUUAAAUAUCUUCUUAAAGUGGAUCCUAAUGUAUGGCAUUAGGAUGGACUUUCGUCAACAAGGGUUAAUGCCUCCUAUCUCCUAAUGUGCUGGAUUCAUCUAACUUGUUGAUUUAUUCUCUCAGUACAAAUAUUUACUUUUGUCAUUCUAAAGAUCCCUCUUGCUCGGCAUUGAAGCUUUUUUUUCUUUUUUCAUUUUGUUUUGGCCUCACAUAACAACUCAGCUGGUUAACCACUACUCAAAAAUGUAUCUGUCAUGUAACCUUAUCUUCUUCUGAGACUAUUCCCUUAAUUAGCCAAUGUCAGUAUGUGUGGGAGCACUCAACCUAGUACAGACACUAUUGAUAUGUAGUGGGUGCAGUGGGGUUUAACCCCUUAAGGACCAAACUUCUGGAAUAAAGGGGAAUCAUGACAUGUCACACGUCGUGUGUCCUUAAGGGGUUAACCACUACUCCAUGUGGUCAAAAUGAAGAAUAACUAUCAAUAAGAAUGCUCACUGCACACCAAACUGCAUGAAUUAUCCCAUCCCCCCUUGGGCGAGCUAUCAGCAGCCUUCUUGUGAGUUUUACCUAUUAUAGCGCACAUACAUAUUUAUAUACAGUAUUACAAUAUACCAGAGGACCCAAAGUAUGGGCUUUGUGGGCCUUUGUCAAGGGUGAAUGGCAUUUCACACAAAUAAAUUUUAGGCAGAAUAUAAAAAAUAAUGUAAUAGUCUUUAGUUUUUCAUCUUUAAUAAGAUUUUUUGAGAUCAUUAGUUAAACUAUUGUCACAAGUUUGAUUGAGCAUUUCCCUAAUGAAACCUUCAAUCCUCAAUAACAUCUGACCUUCAAUCUACAGUAACAUCUGUCAUAAUUUAUGCAUUGGUAUCACCAAGUUGACCAUAUAUUUCAUUCCUAUAGUCCUGUUUGGCCAUACGUUGCCUGCCGAUUUGAUAAUUAAAUAAUCUGCAGGAGUAUUACAAGGAUCAGUCUUUCUGCCUUUGACAGAUCGGGGCUAAACUAUUUAUGACCUAUUUUAAGUAAUAUUUUAAGUCAAUGUCCCUCUUUAUGAGGUUUAUCACAGUUUCAACACAAUGUUGAUUGGCAGGAGGACUAAAAGAACUUGUAUUUCUUAAACAAAAGUGAUUCGAAGAUAAUAUGUCAUUUUCAGUAUUAGAAUAAACAUCUGCAGGUGUAUCUUCAAAGAAUAACUUUUGUCUUGAAGUCCUGAAAUAUUUGGCUAAAUCAAUGUCCAAUUAAAAACAAUUUAAUGGGAUAUUGGAGCAGAAUGACAGUCCUCACUGAAGAAUAAUUGCUUCUUGCCUCUGCUAGGGGUAUAUUUGUCAUUAUGUAAUGAAUCAAUAUUUCCACUGGUGCAUCAUUCUAUUGUAUACCUUCUUCUCCUUGGGCGGAUGUAUUCCUUUGGCCUAACUCCUUAUGUUGUCUACAUAUGUCUUCUAUUAUGACUUUGCACAAUCUUUUGAUGUUUGUUUGUUGCAACAGAAAAUACAUUUGCUUUGAAAUAAAGAAAUGUGCAGAAAUUCAGUAAAUGCCAACACCCAUCCAAUACUGUACAGAAGCCUUUGUGGGUCAGACUGCUGGGCAGAAUUCUAGCAUUUGAGAAGAAAGAGGUUUAAGAAGGCUUCUUUUUUGCACCCAAUCUGCAAUUCCAUGUAUAGUACAAAUGCUUUAUAUGAUUCAAGAUAUGUGGACAUAAUGCCCCAUACAGACAUAAUUUUUAUAUACAUUUUUUUUUACUUUGUUUGCAGGAUGAGGACAUUGUUGUAAGUUCUGUGGAAUCCACCAGAGGAAUGAAGAAUAUUUCUGAAUUCCAUCCAGGUACAAAUAGUUUGUCAUAUUUUAUAGCUCCUUGGUAGUCCAGCAUUGGGGCAAUCCUGUCAUCAUAAUGACUAGAGCAGAUUGUAGUGGUUAUGGUAGUUUGAGUGUUCAUUUAAUGACAUACCACUAGCUGAAACCUUAGGCUUUAUAUACUGUGUUUAUUGAUUUGCUUGUGUUUUUCUUUUUUCAUUCUUUUCAAUGGAAUAUUUUGUGGGUUAUUGGUUUAUAUCAGUGAUAUCAUGCAUGUCACCACACACACAAAUCACAUUCACUACCCCCUUAACACUCACAGCCACCACACACACUGCUCUAUACCUCAUAACUUUUCAAAUGGGCAAAGAGGGACACUAAAUGUAAGGAUCUCAGUGUGUGUGCAGCCAGGGGUAGUUCUGAGAAACUUCAGUUGACUUGAAUGCCAGUGACUUGGUUUUAGGGGUGAAAGGGUAACAAAAUAUCACUAUUUAAAAAAAAUACAGAUAUGCAUACAUACAUACAGACAGACAGACAUACAUACAUACAUACAUACAGACAUGAAUACAGACAUACAUACAUAGACAUACAUACAUAGACAUACAUACAUACAGACAGACAUACAUGCACACAGACAUACAUACAUACAGAGGCAUACAGACAUACAUAGACAUACAGACAUACAUACAUACAUAGACAUACAUACAGACAGACAUACAUACAUACAGACAUCCAUACAUACAGACAUACAUAGACAUACAUACAGACAUGCAUACACACAUACACAGACAGACAUACAUAAAUAAAUAGACAUACAUGCAUACAUUCACACAGCUCUUUUUUUUUUUUGAAAGGUGCCCGGUUGCGCUAUUGCACGACCACAGCCCUGACCGGGCCCCUGAAGAUAUAGGGCCCAUCGGGUGGCCCUAAGUGUGUGGGCCACCUGGUGAGCCCCAUCAGCGUGCGGGCGCCGGUGCAAGUUCCGCCGCUACACGUGGGGUCAUGGUUGUCACCCCCUGAUGGCGGCCCUGCCCCCACCACUUCAGCCUAUAAUCCCUCCACUGCUGCCCCUAACCUGCAGGUCCUAACCCACACUAAUGCUACUAACCCACCAUACUGCCCAUAACCCCCCACUACAGGCCAUAACCCCCACUUCAGCCUCUAACCAUGCAUUAGAGCUCAUAACUCCACACUUUAGCCUCUAACUCCUCACUACUGCCCGACCCCUAUUACAACCCCUUAUGCCCACACAACAUCUUGUAACCCUCACUUCAGCUUCUAACCCCCCACAAGAACCCCUAACUCCCUAUUACUGUCUUUUAACUCAACUACGCCCCCUAUCCCGCACUACUGUCCAUACCUGUCCACUACAGCCUCUAUCCCCCACUAUAACUCCUAACAUCCACAACUGCCCUUAACCACUGAUGCCUUUAAACCAUCACAACAGCACCUAAACGUCCCCCCUCCUAUCUUCCACUACUUCCCACAUGUAAUUCCCACACAUAACACAUUGCCACACACAACACUCAUAGCGGCCCAAACUUAUCACUCACAGCUAUACAAACAGCCUAAUACAUUACACACAGAAAGCCACAACACACCUCACACAUAACUACAGCACUUACAGCCACCCUACACAAGACACACACCCACACCACACAUCCACUUAACAUUUUAAUAAAUAUUAACAUUACAUAACAUAAAAAAAUUGCAUAGAAGAAGAAUUUUCCGAUGCACACCCUAAUGAAAUGGGCUGUACACGUCAAUGCAUAGCACAGGGCAGCUUUACUGGAGUCUGGGCAAAUGAGCCCAGGCAGAACCAGCAAAGAGCCAUAAUAAUGUCCAUUCGGCCAGACUGCUGUAGAAGAAGGCAUUCAGGAAUUGGACAUAUAAGAUGUCAUGACAUGCGUGGAUGAUAUGGGUAGGACAUUGGGAUGUCAAAAUGUGGGGGUGGCAAAUUAUUUUUUUGCCUAGAGCGGCAAAAAUUCUUGCACCGGCCCUGGCUGUGAAGCUCUGUUAUACACUCACACACACCGACAAUACAGUUCUCCUAGAUAUUGGUUUUCUAGACAAUGGUUUGUAUUGGCCCUGAAAAUAUUUGUAUAAUGCUAUCACAUCCCCUCUGAGGCACCAUAUUUCUAAAAUAAACAGAUUUACAUUUGUUAAAGGGACACCAUAGGCACUGUAUCUGCUUCAUCUCAUUAAACUGGUUAUAGUGUCUGGAGUCCCCUGGUACCAUCAUUUCUUUCAGCAUUAAACAGUUUUUAAUGUUGUAAUGUUUUAAUGCUAAACAAGAGUCAACGACAGUCUAUUCCCUCUGUGCAGCUUUGGCUAAUAAGGAAGUAUUACCCUGAGAGGCAAUGGGCAGCUGUGAUUGAGAGUGUCAGCUGACUGCUUUUAACCUGUCAGAGCUCCAACUGACAGUAUGAAUGGGUAUGACAACAAGGAAGUGUGUAAUCUCUGCCUUAGCUACACAUACAGAAAGGGCCGGACUGUGGGUGGCCAGGGACUCUUAUUUUGUGGCAUACUGCACAAACAUGGUGCAACACUGAAUGGAGGGACAGUGCCAGGCCACCUUAGGCACUAUAACCAAUUCAAAGAGACAAAGUGGUUACAGUGACUACAGUGUCCCUUUAACCUUUCUUUAUAACUAAAACGUUCCAUUUCUUUUAUUUUUUAUUUUUUUAUUUUUUAAAAAAUAAAUGAACAAUACAGAAAAAAACACAUACUAAAUAAAUUAAUAAAAGAAGGAAAUACACAAUAAUCAUUAAAAAAAACAAUACUAUACAAAACAAUAAUAUAUAUAAAACGGUGAGUUGCUCCAUCCUAGCCCUUUCGGCCUAGGUCUACACUAGGACAGUGAAUUUUCUUUUAUAACAAAGUAAACGUUAAGAUAUUGUCGAGGAAUAAAAGAAGAGAGACAAAAGAAGAGAGAAGAAAAAAAAAAUUUCUUUCCCUUCCUACUCCCUCUCUCUCCUCAUUUUUUUUCUUUUCUUCUCUUACUCUACAAGGGAUAACUUGAUCAUCCAAAGGUGUAUCAAAAGUUGUUUUCUUCAAAUUCCUAUUCAACCCUCCUUCUAUUGUCAACUGAAGGGUAAGUUGCUCUUUUCCAGUUUUCCAGUUUGGGAGAGUAUUAAUACUCCAAGCUCUAGCUAUUGAGAUUUUGGCUGCUACCAGUGCGUGAAUGAAAAAAUAUUGCAGAUUUGAGUUAUAAUUGUUCAGGUUUACCAUGACGUCUAUCCCCACCUACCAAUAUUCAGUGUGCACUCUGGAACGCCCGCUCCAUCUGCAAAAAUAUUAAAUCAUCAGCCAUACAUGACCUCUUCAUAUCAAAUUCUUUCACAUUUAUUGCACUCACUGAGACCUGGCGGUCCCCCUCUGAUACUGCUACUUCUGCUUCCUUAGAUUAUGGUGGGCUACAAUUCUCCCACACUCCCAGACUAAAAAACUGUAAAGGAGGUGGUGUAGGCAUCCUUCUCUCCCCUCAAUGUACUUUUCAACCUAUCCUCCCUGCCCUAUCCUUUACUUCCUUUGAAGUUCACAUCGUCCGUCUUUUUUAACCUACUCCUCUAAGAAUUGCCAUCAUUUAUCAUUUCUUCCUGGCUACCCCAUUUCCUCUCCUCUUGCACUCCUUCCCUCAUUCUUGAGGACUUUAAUAUCCCAAUCAACAACCCUAACUGCCCUGAUGCCUAUCGUCUGCUCUCUAUAACCUCCUCCGUUGGACUCACACAGUGGUCUAAUUCAUCAACUCGUAGAACAGGAAACACUCUUGACCUCAUCUGUCACCAAUCUCUGUACCACCGCUAAUCUCUCCAAUGCUCCUUUUCCUCUAUCUGACCACCAUCUGCUGUCCAUUGACAUCUGCAUAACCCGAACCCAAAGUACCUCAACCUUACCACAUCAGUCUUGCAAAAUCCUCCAUUGUCUUGCCGUACAGUAAUUCUCCACCAACCUCCAAAGUCUCCUUUCACCAAUCUCAAAUCUCACCUGCCCUAACACUGCAACCUCCCUCUACAACUCCACUCUCUCCUCUCAACUAGACAUCAUGGCACCUCCUACACUUAAAUGCACUAAAGGUCCCAAUUACAGCCCUAGCACACCAAGCUGACCCGAUACCUUCAAAAAUGUUCCAGAACUGCAGAAUGCUGCUCGAGAAAGUCUCACUCUGCGUCUGACUUCCUCUACUUUAAAUUUAUGCUGCUCUCCUACAGUCUAGCUCUUUCCUCUUCAAAAGAAAACUACUUUAAUACACUCAUAACCACACUCUCCCACGAGCCCAAACAACUGUUUCAUGCUUUUAACUCUUCUUCGCCCUGUCGUGCCUCCUCUUCCUACCAACUUGACCCCAACAAACUUUGCAACUCACUUCACUGAGAAGAUUUAUACAAUCUCUCAUCUCUCUCCAUCAAUUACGAACUUUUCCCCUACCCACACUCACUCAGCUGUCCUACCUUGAUUUGCACCUGCUACAGCAGAAGAGGUUUCUGCUCUGCUCCAUUCCUCCCAUCCCACCACCUGUUCCCUUGAUCCUAUUCCCUCGUAUCUCAUACGCACUUUGUCUUCUUCUCUUGCACUGCAUCUCACAAAAAUUUUCAAUCUCUCCAUCUCCUCUGGCACAUUUCCUCUACUCUUCAAACAUGCAACCAUAACCCUGAUUCUGAAAAUGCCCAACCUUGACCCUAAUUCCCUGUCCAACUACAGCCCCAUCUUGCUCUUGGCCUUUGUCUACAAGAUCAUUGAGCGAGUUGUGUAUGCGAGAUUGACACACUUCCUCAAAUCCAACUGUCUGUUUGACCCGCUUCAAUCUGGAUUCUGCGCUCAUCACUCUGUUGAAACAGCUGUGACCAAAGUAUACAAUGAUCUUAUCACUGCUAAAUCCCAUGGCCACUACUCUAUCCUAAUUCUACUCGACCUUUCUGCUGCUUUUGACACUGUUGAUUAUCAACAGCUUCUUCUCAUCCUACGUAAUCUCGGUCUAUGAGAUACUGCUCUCUUCUGGUGCUCUUCCUACUUCUCCCAGCUCUCAUUCAGUGUUUCUUCCUCUGGCUUUGCCUCUGCUCCCCAAUCCCUCUCUGUUGGUGUUACCCAAAGGUCUGUCCUUGGUCCCCUAUUGUUCUCAAACUACACUGCCUCCUUUGGUAAACUCAUCAGCUCCUUCAGCUUCCAGUAUUAUUUCUAUGCAGAUGACACGCAAAUUUAUCACCACCCCUCUUGACUUGUGUCUCUGACUGCCUCUCUGCUAUUUUCAAUUGGAUGGCUGCUCAUUUCCUUAAACUGAACCUGUCCAAAGUAGGACUUCUGGUCUUCCCUCCCUCAAGUGUUGCUACAACCUUGUCUGUAUCCCUUCAAGUUAAUGGCGCUUCCAUCUGCUCUACCUCUAAGGCUCGCUGUCUAGGUGUUCUCUUUGACUCUGACCUCUCCUUCACCCCUCAUAUCCAAUUAAUCGCCAAAUCCUGAUGCUUCCAUCUCAAAAACAUUGCGCGCAUUUGACCCUAUCCAACCCUUUACCUGAUUUGGUAAAGCUGCUUGUCCAUGCUGCUGACCUCUCUCGCCUUGACUACUGUAAUCCGCUUCUCAGUGGUCUUACGUGUUCCCAACUUGCCCUGUUACAGUCUAUAAUGAAUGCAGUGGUGAGGCUCAUCUUCCUGUCUGAGCACGCCUGCCCCUUUGUCUGCUCCUCCAUUGGCUUUCUGUAAGAUAUAUAAGGCUCAAUUUAAGAACCUGACACUUGCUUACAAAUCUCUAUACAAUGCUGCUCCCAUCUACCAGGGGCGGGCUGGGCCGGGGGGCAGGGAGGCAAUUGCCCCCCAGGCCGCCCUAAAUUCCUGUAAGGCCUGUUCGUACUCCUACCUCUGAUGCUUGCCUUAAAGAUUUCUCUAGAACUGCACUGUUCCUAUGGAAUGCCCUUCCUUUCUCUGUUAGACUCUCACCCAAUCUCCAAAUCUUUGAAAACUUAUUUCUUUAGAAAAGCAUAUCAAUUAAACUGUGAACAGCUUUCCCUCCAUGCACCCUGAUUCCUCUCCUGAAACUGUAAUCAAAACAAAACACUAAGCCCUCAAUAAAAACUAUCCUAGAAACCUAUUUUUCUACUCUAUCCUUACCUUUUGUGUCACUAUACCCCACUCCCUCUACCAUGUAAGCUUAUUGAGCAGGGCCCUCAAUCCCUCUGUUCCUGUGCGUCAAACUUGUCUGGUUACAAAUAUGUGUCUGUUAGUCCACCCAUUGUACAGCGCUACAGAACUUGUUGGUGCUUUAUAAAUAAUAAUAGUAAUAAUAAUAAAAUGUAGCAUGACCACUUCUGGAGAAAAGGAUAGGUUAAUUCCUAUUAACAGUUUAAUCUGGCCCAAAAACUUCCACCAAAACCCUUGCAAUGGGCAACAACUCCACUAAAUAUGGAAGAAAUCCCCCUUUUCCAAAUUGCAUCUCCAGCACGAGUCAGAUAGACUCUGAUUCAUUUUAAUAAGUCAACUAGGGACCAGGUAUAAUCGGUUAAGGAUCUUAAAAUGUAAUUCCGUUAAGUUUAAACAGUUGAUAGAUUUAGAAACUGUUGUCCAAGACAGUUUCCAAUAUUGUAAAAGGAUCUUUUUAUUUAGGUCCUUGUCUCAUUUUUCCAUAGCAGGAAAAAUAAUAUUGGCAUCAGAGCAUUUCCGUAACGAGUUACAUUUGUUUAGCAGAUUCUUCAUAUCUUUUCCCUUUAUUAAGAAUCCCAGACUGUUAUGGAAUUCAAAAUUUUCUUUAGGUAGAAAGUUAUUCAAAAAGUUUUUGACAAAUUUAGUACGUAUUUGUUUAAACGGUUUAUUACUUGGCCCCAUCGUUAUAUCCUCAAAUCUUUUUAUGCCUGCGUUGCUCUAUUUAUUAAGAUUUAAAUCUUGAAUAUUAUAACAGAGGACUGAAAUCGGCAAGGCACUAAUAAUACGACUUCUGAGUUCUGUGUUUCCCUUUAUUUUUUUACAUAUUUUAAGAACAGAUUUUAUUACUAAGCUGCCAGAGCUUGAUUGAGAUGUGAGCGUAUAACUAUCUUGAGUCCUCCAAAAAAACAUUGCAAAAUCUUUGAAAUCAGUAAUUUUCUCUUCCACAGCAUACCACCUUUCUUGUUUGGACACAGACAUUUGUGAAAUAAUGCUGUGGAAAAGAACUCCAGCUUUAUGAUAUUGAUGGAUUACUGGAAGACCUACUCUUCCCUGGCAUUUACUGAUAGAGAGGUAUUUGCUUGCCAUUCUAGGUUUUUUCCCUUGCCAUAUGAAUUUAGAAAAUGAAUGCUGAAUCAUUGUCAUCCAACUGUCUGGGAUACUCAAAGGGAUCAUUCUAAACAAAUACAAUUUGGCAAAAUACAAGAUUUGAUAAUGUUGAUUCAACCCCACCAAGAACUUCCACUCCUUUAGUAAUCAAUUAAAGGGACUCUCCAGGCAGAGUAGUUUACUCACCUGGUUCCAGCGCCGGGAGCCUCGUGAAGCCGCGUCCCCUAUUUCGUCAAAAUGACGAAAUAGGCGGGCGCGAGCAGGGAGCAAUCAGACGCUUCCAUUUGGAAGCAUCAUUGCUCCCUUGUUCCUUUCUCUGAAAAUACAGUGUAUACAUUAGAUUGCCUGCAGAGAGCUAUAGAUCUCACCUGAACAAAUACAUUAAGCUGUAGUUGUUCAGGUGACUAUAGUGUCCCUUUAAUUUUAGUAAAUAAUGGGAGGAGAUUCAUUUCCAUUAUUCUCUUUGGAUCUGCACAAAUGUUAAUUCCCAGAUAACUGAAUAAAUUUUCAUCCCAGACAAAAUCCAACCUCUUUUUGAUCCUCAUUCUUUUCUUCUUUGGUGAUAUUGCUAGCCAGAAAUAUUGUUUUAUCCGUGUUUAGUUUGUAGUCCGAGACGGUUGAAAAUUUCCCAAUGACUUUUGUAAGUUGUAAUAAUCAUUCCUUUUAUUAAUUUCCAUCCCAAGAUUUAAUGCCCCUUGUUAUUUAUGACAAUACCUUACUGGCCUUAGCAAUUGCUGAUUGACAUUGCACAUUGCUGCCUAAUUUGUUGUCUAUAACAAUUCCCAAAUCCUUCUCAUGUGUUGUUUUCUCUAAUUCACUACUGUUUAGGAUGUAUGUUGAUUGCGCAUUCUUUACGCCUGAAGUGCAUUACUUUGCUUUUAUCUACAUUACAUUUCAUCUGCCAUUUGAGUGCUCAGUCCCCCAAUCGAUCUACAGUAGAUUUCAGUUUUAUCUAGACCAAUUUAUAACUCUAACCUAUUGUGUGGAACCAUAUAAAAUGCCUUGUCAAAAUCCAAAACCAAAGCAGCACACAUCCACUACAACACCCUUCGUAGAAUGUAAUUAAUUUAGUAUGACAUGACCUAUGUUUCAUAAAACCAUGCUGAUCAUUGCUAAUAACAAUGUUUUUCCCAAUAAAUUCCUGAAAAUGAUCCCUUAAUAACACUUCAAAUACUCUCCCAGCCACAGAAGUUAGGCUGACGGGUCUAUAUUUUUUUUUUGUAAAUCUUUAUUUUUGCAAGUGUCAUGUUACAUCACAAAAAAAUUGUAACAAAUAUGCAAAUGUGAGGACUUCACGACAAAUUGACAGUAUUGUCUCGAAAAUCCACCCAAUUAUUUUUUAUUAACUAAACUAUUUAUCCAGACUAGUUUGAAAGGGCCUUGACAGGGCUGAAAAUUGUGCCUGUGUCCAAAUAUUUCGAGACCUAACUCUACAUUUCUACACAUGCUGUAUUUUUUUUUAUUUGUUAUUUAUCUAAUCAGUAGGAUAAUGUAUACUCAUGCCAUUAAUAAUGUCAUUGGUGAUAUAUUUUUAUUUUAUUAACUCUGUCAUCUGCGAUGUAAUCUAAAAUAAUAAUUCUAAUACCUUUUUUUUUCAAUUAUAUUUUCUCUGAUCUGUAGGAUGAUGCCAUGGGCAAUAUCACUAGCAAUGCCUUUGAUGUUGUCAUAAUUGAUAUCAUUAGGUCACUGGUGAUUUUAUUAGAGUGGUAAUUGGUGAUGUAGUCAGUGAUAUCCUUAAUGUAGUCAGUGAUAUCAUUAAUGAUGUCAUGCAAAGCACGGGUAAUUUAUGUUUGGAAUUUUGUUACUUUUUGACAUUUGAACCUAAAUUCUGGGCAUUAACACAAUGGUUUUUUUUUUUUUUACCUGUUAACAUAUUAUAAUUUUAUAUAAGAGAAAAUAAUCAUAUGAAAAACACAUUAGCAGUUUAAAAAAAUAUGGUUUUGUACAUUUUAAGCAGCUGUUCAGACAACAACAACAACAAUUAAGCCUUCAAGAGAAUAUGAUGACUACACAGCAAAACAGGAUAACAGGUAUAAUGUAAGUAUCACAAUGUAAUAUAAGGAUAAUAAGAUCUUAAAGGGACACUCCAGUACCCAAAUACAAAAUAAAUAAGAAUCACUGUUUAGUGGAUAUACCUCAAUUGAAAACUUGAUGCAUUUAAUUAUGUAUUUGUUUUAGAUACAUCUAAAAUCAGCUUUAAGUGUUGCUUCAGCAGUAACGGGACUCUAAAGGCGCACAGACCACUUAAUAUCAAUAUCCCUGUCUUUUUACCCCUGUAAAUCAGGCUUCCCCUCCAGAUGUUGCUGAACUACAACUCCCAUGAUUCUCAGCCUAUCUAUUUCAUUCAUAGAAUCAUGGGAGUUGAAGUUCAGCAACAUCUGGGGGACUGGAGUUUGGAAAAGCCUGCUGUAAAUGAAAAUAUUGCUAUUCUGCAGAACCAGUAUGCAGUGGGAUAAAAGGUAAGUAGCUUGGGGGGUGGGGGACACUUACAUAAGAAACCCUUAUAUACAUAGAGAAACACUAUAGCAUUAGGCAUACAUGUUCGUAUUCUUAACGCUAUAGUGUUUGUGUGUAGCAGCAUUGUGUGCUAAUGCCAAGCCUAUCGGUCUUAAGUGCUUUUAAGCAGUUGUUUUCUGCAACUCAAGGCAAAGGUAUUUACUUUGGUGCUGAAGGGUGCUGUAUAGAAAAGAGAUCCCAUGCUCCAGAGAAUCGGUACCAAGACAUAGUUCCUCAAAGCUCAAUUCCCACACAAGACAGGGGCACUGUGGGAAACCCUGUACAAUGGUAGUGAUCUGGUGUAGUCUAAACCAGGGCUCAACAAGUCACAGGCCCCGGGUCACCAUGGCAACUAUAAAUUUAGUCCUGGCGCGUGGGAUUUGCAAAGGCGGUCGCUGGGGUAGCAUUGGAGCUGGCCGCCGUUGGGAACAUAGAGGGGGUCUGCCCCAGCAGCAAGGAGACAGCACGCAAGGUAGCAGUAAUCUUCCUGCAGCUCCUGUCUGCUCCCUCGUGCUGUUUAGUGAUGACAUCACUCCGGCCCCAGCAUCAGAGCGGCCAAGGGAGCAGAGAGGAACUGCAGGAACAUUAGAGAGCAGCCCCACUUGACCCCAGGGGAAGAUCCACUCAGCUCUCCCAAAGAUAGGGAGCCUGGGUGGACAUACAUAAAAAUAAAAAUAUCAAUUUCUGAGUGUGUGAGAAAAUGUGUGUGUCUGUCAGUGAAUGUGUGUGUGUGUGUGUGUUUUUGUGUCUGUCAGUGAGUGUUUGUGUGUAUCUGUGAGAGAGUGUUUUUUGUCAGGUAUGUUGUUGUCAGAUAUUUUGUGAUAAGAUUGAAAUUAAAAAUGUAUACUGUUAAGUCACUACUUAGCAAAUGUGACUCCCUUUUGUAACAGAAUGCAAAAGACAAGCACAUUUUGUUUCUUUCUCUCUCCAUUCACUGCAUCAGCAAACUAUGAAAUGCGACUAUCUAAACACUGACCAGACAUAAGGUAUCUUCUUACAAGAAACCCAAUUGGGGUAGAGAGCCCAGCCCACACAUAUAUAUCAAAUCAGAUAUAUAUACAUACAUAUACAUAUAUAUACUAACUAUAUUAUGACCGAGGACGACCGAGGACGGUUCAGGACCGUCAUUGGCAUUUUAGCGUUGCCGACCGCUGAUGGUCCUGAACCGUCACAACGGCCUUAUGUACUUACCUGAUCGCCGUCAUUCCCGCAGCGGCGAUUGGUGGUGCUCCCGGUGUGGGGAGACUGCCUGCAGCCUAGACAGUCUCCCCAUGGCGGAUUAGGACCCCUGGGGCCAUGUGAUCGCUCAACAGAGUUGUCACAUGGUCACAAUAGGUGUCCAUGUGUCUCCCUGCAGGGGGACUGCCUGUGCUGACAGGCAGUCUCCCUGCUAGUGUAAAAUAAAAAAAUGUUAAUGUUAAUAAAAAAAAAACCACAAUUAUAUAUGUGUAUAUAUAUAUAUAUAUAUAUAUGUCUAUAUAUCAUAUAUAUAAUGUCAUACUAAGUGUAUUUUUAUAUUAAUAUGUACAUAUAUUAAUAUAAAAAUACACUUAUAAUUAAAUUACACACGUGUAUAUAUAUAAUAACUAAUAAUAUAUAAUAUAAUAAAUAAAUAAUACAAAUAAGUAAUUUAAAUUAAAUGAAAAAAUAAUACAAAUUAAAAAAAUUAUAUAUCUAUAUGAAAUUUUAUUCUAACUGUAUUUUGAUAUUAUAUAUAUAUAUAAAUAUAUAUAUAUAUAUCUAUAUAUUUAUAUCAAAAUACACUUAGAAUGAAAUUGUAUAUAUAUCUAUGUAUAUAUAAAUAAAUAAAUAAAAAUAAUACAAAAUAUACAUAUGUCCAUAUACAAAAUUACAUAAUUAUAUAAAUAUACAUGUAGACUUCAAAUAUAUAAAUAUGCAUACAUAUUUAAAUUCUACGUGCGUAUUUAUGUAAUAUUUUUAGAUUAAGUAAUUUUAUUGAUUUCAAUUUAAGGGACCUGCCUGCCAACACAGGCCGAAAGUCCAGAGAAUUUAAUUUGCUAGCACUAUAUUUUACCCUGUAACUUUCUAUGACACCCUAUAACCUGUACAUGGGGGGUACUGUUUUACUCGGGAGACUUCGCUGAACAGAAAUAUUAGUGAUUCAAAACAGUAAAACAUAUCACAGCGUUGAUAUUGUCAGUGAAAGUGAUUUUUUUGCAUUUUUCUCACACAAACGGAACUUUCAUUGAUGAUAUCAUUGUUGUGAUACGUUUUACUGUUUUGAAACACUAAUAUUUGUGUUUAGCAAAGUCUCACGAGUAUAACAGUACCCCACAUGUACAGGUUUUAUAGCGUUUUUGAAAGUUACAGGGUCAAAUAUAUGGGUCAAAUAUUUUUACAUUGAAAAUGGCCAGGUUGGUUAUGUUGCCUUUGAGAGCAUAUGGUAGUCCAGGAAUGAGAAUUACCCCCAUGAUGGCAUACCAUUUGCAAAAGAAGACAACCCAAGGUAUUGCAAAUGGGUUAUGUCCAGUCUUUUUUAGUAGCCACUUAGUCACAAACACUGGUCAAAAUUAAUGUUCAAUUUAGUUUUUUACUUUUUUCACACACAAACAAAUAUGAACGCUAACUUUGGCCAGUGUUUGCGAAUAAGUGGCUACUAAAAAAGACUGGACAUACCCCAUAUUGAAUACCCUGGGUUGUCUGCUUUAAAAAAAUAUGUUCACGUGGGGCGUUAUUCAGAGAUUUAUGACAGAUAAUAGUGUUGGAAAAAAAAGCAUGUAAACACUGGGUAUUUUUAAACUCAGGACAAAAUUUUUAAUCUAUUUAGAAGUUUUUUUCAUUCGCUUUUGUAGACGAGUAAAAGAUUUUUCAAGUAAAAGUAAAAAAAACAUAUUUUUUUCAAUUUUUCAUUUUUUUUUUUUUAAAUUAAAUUACAUGAGAUUAUAUAAAUAAUGGUAUGUAAAGAAAGCAAUUUUUGUCCUGAAAAAAACAAUAUAUAAUUUGUAUGGGAACAGUGAAUGAGAGAGCGGAAAAUUACAGCUAAACACAAACACCACAAAAGUGUAAAAAGAGGCCUGGUCGCAAAUGUACAACAUCGCAAAAACAGUCCGGUCCUUAAAGGGUUAAUCAUAUACAGAUAGUAACAUGUUAAUAAUAUUGAAUAUUAAAUAUCGGGGCUGAAGCUUAAUCAAACUAAAUGCGAACUGCUGAACAUAUUGACUCCAACAGAAGUGCGAGAGCGGAUCACACGCGAAUAUCCCUUCCACUGGUGCUCAGACCAGAUGCGAUACCUGGGAAUUUGGAUACCCAGCAACCCGAAAGAGCUAUACACCAGGAACUACAUCCCCCUCCUACGCACAAUACUUCUCGACCUCAAAAAUUGGAACCAUGGCAUAUCCUGGCAGGGACGCAUAGCGGUGAUUAAAAUGAAUAUCCUACCACGGCUGCUUUACUACUUUAACACCAUUCCCUGGCACAUACCACCAGUAUUUUUUGCAACUCUUAAAUCGGCAGUAAUAAAAUACGUCUGGAAAGGAGGGAGACCACGACUCAGCUACGACAAGCUAUGCUUACCUAAGAACUGGGGCGGACUAGCGUUACCCGAUAUCCGCAAAUACUUCCAGGCCACGGUUUUACAGCGGAUAAGAGAUUGGCACGCAGCGUCCGAAAACAAAUUGUGGGCUGCACUAGAUAGGGAGAGCACAAACAAAGCCCUCAGCAUGUAUACAUGGCAAGGCUCAGCAGACGCGGCAUCAAAAUUAGGCAAUGAAUCACCCAUUGUACAAACGCUGAAGACGUGGUCAUCCUUGAGACGGAAUCAACGUAUCUCCCCACAACCGAGCCCAUUGAUCCCGAUAACACACAAUACUGCGAUAGGUGGGGGGCUGCACCGAUCGGCCUGGGAGACGGAGAUUAUAUCCCGAUGUCUGAGGUCCUGAGCAAUACAGGAUUGAGAAAUUUACGAGAGUGGAGUGCGGCGCCACAACAGACGCUGAUGCACAGAUUUCGUUACGCACAACUGCGGCAUUUCUACUUCAACCUCCCCAACAGGGUAGCGAUACACAGAGAGCAGACGUGGUUCGAACGCCUCUGCAUGACCAACACCGGCGCAGACGGUAGAGUAUCGCUCAUCUACCAACAAUUAAUAACGGGAGACCACACACGUAAAAAUGCGUUUAAGAGGCAGUGGGAAGAGCUGACAGCUAGGACAUACACUGAGGCACAAUGGGAACAGAUAUUAAUAUUACAGCACAAGAGCUCCAUAAGCACCAGGUAUCAGGAGGUCAACUUUAAGCUAAUCUCUCAAUGGUACAGGACCCCAUCUCUACUACACAGAAUAUUCAGGGGAACCACAGAUACAUGCUGGAGGUGUGAAUCCCAAACAGGCACCCUACGGCACAUCUGGUGGGACUGCGCACUGAUUAAGCCAUAUUGGGAGGACAUACAAAGGGAAAUGACGACAAUCCUGGGAGACUUGCCGGACUUUAGCAUAGAAAUGGCCCUACUGCAUUACACGGAAGGCUCGAUAGCCCAAUACAAGCGAUCAAUAUUAAGGCACCUGCUUAACGCAGCGAAAGCAUCUAAACCAGUCAAAUGGAAACAGACCCAACCACCGACUGUUACAGAGUGGCUACAGAAAGUUGAGGAAAUGCACACAGCUGAGGCGCGGUACGCAGAACUACUAGGGAGAAGCACCAAACACGUCGACAUCUGGACCCCAUGGUAUGUCUACCUUUCACGUCCCGGAACUAGGGAGACAUAGCACACACCAUAACACCUGGGGUUUGAGGGUGCCCGGCGCACCCCGACACAUGUUGUCCUUCAAAUUCCCCUCCCCCCCUCCCCUUCCCUCCUUUUACCCACUGCAUCUAAUCAAAUCCACGUAACUUUUCUGAGGGUCUUCGCAGAAGCGGCUUGACCUGCGCCCGAGGAGGCCGGAGCCAGGAGGACCCGAGCGAGCCGUUACACGAUAUAUAGCCAUAACACGAAGCAACUUCCGUAGAUACGAGUCAUCGACUUAAAUAACAGCUGACUGAUGGAGGUAGAAUGGGACCAGACACAUAGAGAACUAGUUCCCAAAGUAAGACACAAUUAACUGACGGGAGGAUAGGAACUAAACAUCUGCCCCAUGACAUAUUAGGGCGACUGGACGCAGACAUAACAUACACCUGACCAGAGGGAUAUACAAACAAACCGAAACAGUCAAGCUAACAUUUAUUACACAAUUUACCUUUGGGGCUACUUUCUAUAGGAGAUCCCAGGUUAAAACUAAGAUUUGGGGAAUCACUUUCUCAACAGUGACAUGUAAGAAAUUGGAACCCGAAUUAUUGAUUCCAUAACAAUAGAAUUAGUUAAGCGAAUAAUUCCCUAUACUAAGCUUAAUAGCCUAUGUGUCAAGUGUCUCUAAUUAUUGACGCAAAUGCUUUUCUGCUCUACGUGUCACAUAUUUUUGGUAUUGAUGCUACUACCUUGUUUUUUCCGUCAGGCCAGUAAGCUUAAUUCUACAGCAGAACCUUAUAGUAUGGUAAGGAUAUAACCUCUCGUUUCUACUCAGCCUGUCAUUAUUGAAUUUGCUUCUGCUUCAGAAGUACGCACUCACCUACAAUUGUUAAACCUGUCUACAUCUUAAUGACUGCUGUUAUGACGCUUGACGAAUGUCACGUGAUCGAAAGACACUAAUGCUCAUUAUUUGUACCAUUAUUCAACUUGUUUCUAUGCACAUGUACGCUGUUGUGGUGUAUGUAUAUGUUUUGUACUCACCUGAACGACAAAAUAAAGAAUUUACAAAAAAAUAAUAAUAUUGAAUAUUUAUAAAUAGAAUCUAAUGAAUAAAUCUCAUAUUAUUAAAACUAAUAUUAGCUGAAUGUGUUUAAAAGACAUGUAUGUAUCACACAUUGUCACAUAUUACUAAUAUAGACACAUUAGCUUCAUACAAUAGGACAGUGUAACUGAGAAAACCAGACGGAUAGAAUUAUCAAGAAGAAAUAUUCCCAUAGUAAUUAAUUUUACUUUUCAAAUUCAAUGGGAUCUUUACAAAACCCCAUUGUAAGAGUGAGUUGAACCAAAGUCCAAAAAAAGAUACUUUAUGGCACGAAAAGGAGACUGCAAGUCUCACAAAAGCUCUUGAAGUUUGACAGCUAGCUUGCACCAUAGCGAUAAGAAAUUUGAAACGUCAUAUGCAUCACAAUAUUCAAUUAACCUCUGGUAGUUGGAAUUUGUAGUGAGAAAUUAUUGUGAUGCUAUAAGGCCAUCUACUGAUCAAUGUCAAUAAACCAAUCAGUACAAGAAGGUUCACCCACCUAUUCCCAUUGGUCACUUUAAAUUAGUGAUGUACAAAAAUUUAAGAUAAGAAAUCCUUUAAAAAAUGGAAACAAAGGAGGUAAAAAGGAAAGAGAGUUCCAGGAUGAGAUCAGAGGGUUGGAUGUAAGAUCAUCAGACGAGAUCGGACAAAGAAAAACACUCUAGACACACCUAACACUCUGUUUUUCCAACUGAGUCCUUGGACUUUGAAAACUUACUCUGCACCUUUCCAAUUUAAUUUCUUUGUUAGCCAAAUCAAUUCUGCCUAAGAAAUCAUACAGAAAUAUCUCUAUAUUUCAACUCAAUCUCUCUAUUUAAAUAAAUACUGCACUCACCAUUCAUGGGAUUAUAUCUCCAAGCCUAAAUAAUUUUCUACUAAGAAAGCUGGUAAAUAUGCUGGUUUAAUUUAAUAUAAAUUAAUAUUUUUUUUACUAAAAACAGAUAUCUACCUGGAUAAUGCUGAACCGAUUUCAAACUUUUAAAAUCAUAUUUGGAGGAGAAAUUUAUAAUUCCAUAUCCCAUAUCUGUAGAUGGAAUAUAAAGAAUAAUAUAUUUACUGUUAUUUGCCAAGUUUAGCAUAUCAAGCUAUUAUUCAGAGAUACUGAGCAAUCUGAAUUUAGGGAUCGUUACUCUUUAAUCAGAAAGUAUCUGCGGUGUAAAACACUGUUAGAAUUAUUCUUUUUGGUUACCGGAUGGAAGAAAAUAGUGAAAUUGACUAUAUGUGUGAGAAACAUUGUAACUUUUGAGUUGCAAUAUUCAAGUUGUGAUAAAGUGAAGGCAGAUAGUCCUUUUAACCCCAGGGGAAGUACGUGUAGUUCGUGUGUUGCACAACCCAACGCUCUGUUUAGUUAUGGGCCCCUGGGGUGGAGCAUUUGGAGAGAAGGGUGGGCCAAUGCUCCACUCCACAGUUUAGUGGUUUUCUGGGGAGACAUAGAUCCAGGCCAGGGUUUUUUGGACCGUCUCCAACCCACUGCUCAGCUGCAGUUAAUGAGCUAUUGCAGUGGAAUAAACCCCUCCCGGCUAGGCAGGAAAAGGAGAGGGAUUGCUGGCUUCCUCCCAGGAAGCAGGUAGGAGAGAGAGGCUGUUCUCUCCAGAUAGAGUCAAGGAGACUAGGCACUUGGAGUGCAGAAGGGAAGCAGUCAGGUCAAGGCUGGCUUGGAGCACUGGGAGUGCAGAAAGGAAAGCAGUCAGGGCAAGGCUGGCUUGGAGCACUGGGAGUGCAGAAAGGAAAGCAGUCAGGGCAAGGCUGGCUUGGUGCACUGGGAGUGCAGAAAGGAAAGCAACAGGCUAGCUAGCAGAGUGUUGCUAUCUAAUAAGGUUGGUGCAAUAUUGUUUUGUUUAGUUUAACCCUGAGAGAUAGGGAACCUAAUGUAAGUUAGUGCUCAGACGAGCUAGGUUUUUGUUUAUAGGGUUUUGUGUUACAUUUAUGUUUUAAUGUACUGCUGUAUCCUGUGUGGAUUUAACAAUAAAGUGACUGGAUUAUAUGCAAAGCAAAGGACUGUGCAUGUUUUUGCCCUAGAGGACCGUGCUACCUGCAAACAAGGAUCACAAUAUGGUGGAGAAUGCGGGCAAAGUAGCACAUUGAGGGUCUGUGGGUGUGCCAGUCAUUCGGUAGUCUGCUUGAGGACUUUUAUUUUUGCAGACCUGUUAAGCAAACAAGUAGCACUGUACCUUUAAGACUGUUACCUGCUUGGUGCUAUAAUGGAGGACCUGCUGAGAGCUGUGGUACAGGCAACGGCUAAACAACAAGGCACAAACAGUUUCCUGGCUGCACAGGUUAAGAACCUGAGGGACGCUCAGCAGGAGCAUAGAGCUGCCCUUACUGAGGUUUUGCAGAUUGCCCCCUGCAGGGAGCGUGAGGACAAGGGACCCUGUAACCAAGCUACUGACAUCCUGCAUGGCAUGACAGAGGCAGUAGAAGAAGUCUUCAGCAAGCUGAAAAGCAUGGAGGCAGCAAAGCGUGCUGUUGAGAAACACGCAGGAGAGAGAGAACAGGAAUUAGAAGGCAAGAAGGAUGAAAUUGAGCCUAAAAGUAGUGAUAAAGAGGUCUUUGAAAAAGAGUUGGUGGUAAGCAAAAACCACCCAGAAGGUGUAAGUAAAGCUAGUGUAUACGGCCUGGGAAAGAAACAUGAAGCAGAAGCCACCUAUGUACACCCAAGUGAACAAGUCAAAGGCACGAAAAGCAGACUGACUUGGGGAGUCAGAGAAGACAACAGCAGAGGAGCUGAGCAAAAUGGAGAGAAGCAAGGCACCCCAGUGGAGUAUAACAAUGCGGUGCACUGUUUAGUAGCUGAGGCUACCCAAGAAUGUCGACCAGCUGUUGAACAGUUUGGCAGAGAAAAGCAAGGCCGAGAAGUAGUGGCAAAAUUAAAUCAAAACAAGAAAGGCAAAGUAGCCGCUUCUGAUCUAAGCCAAGAGAGACCGACAGUUACAGAACCAAGCUGUGGUGAUAAGAUAGGCACGUCCGCACCUAAGCCUGACCAAGGCGAAAGUGACAAAGUAGAUGACAUUGGCGUAGCAGAACAAAAUAUUUCAGAGACACCUGGUAUUGUUAAAAAGACUUUGAAUGAUUGUCCAGGAGCCGUAGAACUAGAUCUGCUGGCAAAGACUACUGCUACAAGGCCUGGGCGCACUGACUACCGGGAACAGCUGCCAGAUUCUGGGAAGACAGUCAUGGAAUUAAAGGCGGGACUCGGAAUGCCUGACCGGCUGUUUGAUACCAGGGCUGUAAUGACUCAGCGAGAGGCCAUGACUGCGUCUCUGGACACCCCCAUAGGGAGCAAGGCAGGUUCCCAGGGAUUUGCAGAACAGAUGGAGGAUGUUGUGGAGCCCUUCGCGGAGAAACUUGUUCCAGUGAAGGAUGAGCUGGUGACAGAACCAGGUCUUGAAGAGGUUGAGCACCUGGAAAAUUCAGCUCAUGAAGGAAUUGGACGUAUAGCUACACGCCAAGCCUUUGCAAAGUUUGCUUUUGAAAGUUACUCUAAUGCUGAGAGAUUAUCAAAUCAGAAGCUGCUGUGGAUGUGGAAGCAGUUGAUGAUGAUUCAGAGGAACUUGGCUACUAAGGAGCCACACAGUACUGAUCCUCAGCCUAGAUCUGCUAGCAACCAGAUAAGUGGGGAAACUGGAAAGCAAGGACAAAGUCUGGGACAAUAUACCUAUGAUGGUAGAACGUACCUAAAAGUCCUAUUUUGGCUACGAGACCAGACUGAGAAAAACUGCUUCAACUGCCGCAUGCAUGGACAUAUUACAUAUAGCUGUCUUGAGAGUGAAGAGACAAUACAAUGUGACAUAGUAAUAAGGGCUCUGUAUAGGAUUGUAUUGACUUGCUUAAAGAUGUGUAUGGUGACUGGUGGUGGUGUUACAGCACAGCUAAAAGUGGUGAUGGUGGUAGGGAAGAGUGCACAAGCACUGAUAGAUUCAGGGAGCAAGGUAGCCGCCAUCUACAAUAGGCCACUUCCUGUAACUGAGAAGCUAGUCAGGGCUGGUAGAGCCCUAGGUGUUAUGAAAGUUCACGGUUUGUGUUUGAAGGCCGCUCAACCCGAUGGGUCUGAGCUGGGGAGGAUCGUCUCCAACCCACUGCUCAGCUGCAGUUAAUGAGCUAUUGCAGUGGGAAUAAACCCCUCCCGGCUAGGCAGGAAAAGGAGAGGGAUUGCUGGCUUCCUCCCAGGAAGCAGGUAGGAGAGAGAGGCUGUUCUCUCCAGAUAGAGUCAAGGAGACUAGGCACUUGGAGUGCAGAAGGGAAGCAGUCAGGUCAAGGCUGGCUUGGAGCACUGGGAGUGCAGAAAGGAAAGCAGUCAGGGCAAGGCUGGCUUGGAGCACUGGGAGUGCAGAAAGGAAAGCAGUCAGGGCAAGGCUGGCUUGGUGCACUGGGAGUGCAGAAAGGAAAGCAACAGGCUAGCUAGCAGAGUGUUGCUAUCUAAUAAGGUUGGUGCAAUAUUGUUUUGUUUAGUUUAACCCUGAGAGAUAGGGAACCUAAUGUAAGUUAGUGCUCAGACGAGCUAGGUUUUUGUUUAUAGGGUUUUGUGUUACAUUUAUGUUUUAAUGUACUGCUGUAUCCUGUGUGGAUUUAACAAUAAAGUGACUGGAUUAUAUGCAAAGCAAAGGACUGUGCAUGUUUUUGCCCUAGAGGAUCGUGCUACCUGCAAACAAGGAUCACAAAGUGUUUAGCCUGUGAGAAUUGUAGCCAGCAAUGAGUGAGUUAAUGUUGUGUGAUUCUAGCUAACGCUCUGUGCUACGUUCUGUGUAAAGGAAUUCUAAAGCAGAAAGAUUCCUGUAGCAUUGUUGAAAUGCAUCUAUGUUGAAAUAGCUGUUAAUUAAAUUCUAGAGGAAUUAUUUGUAAUUUUGCAUGUAACUAUAUAAAAAAUUAAUUUAACUCACGUUGCUGUUAAACUAUCUUUAAUUGUGGUUACUGUGUCAUAACUGUUGCCAUAUCUUAUACUUAUUGUUAUACCUAAAUAUUCACUGAUAUUGUUAUGCAUGUUACAUAUUAUUAUUAUAUAUUUGUCACAAUAAACUAUGUUUUUAUAACCGGUUGUGAUUACUUGUAUCUGUCAGAGAGAGUGUGUGUGUCAAUGAGUGUGUAUGUCUGUCAGUGAGUGUGUUUGUUUAGGUACCUGCCCCACUCCGAUUGCACCGGAAAGGUGUUUUUUUUCUCACUUUUUCCCCCACACCAUGCCAGUUUCACUGUGACUGGUUCCACUUCCAUAACUGAGCUCAUCAAUCUUGAUGAUCUCAGCUAAGCCAAUGCUUUCCCAUAGGAAAGCAUUGAGAGGACACUGCGUAUGCGCGGCACAACACCAAGUUGCAGCAAUCAGCAUCUCCUUAUAGAAAUGCAUUGAAUCAUUGUAUUUUUAUGGGGAACAUUCAGUGCGUCCAUGCAGAACGUUGAGAUGCUGAAUGUAGGACAGUUACAGUUACCCUCUGAGUAACUGUCACUAGAGGUGUUACUAGCAGUAAUGUAAACACCUCUAUUUAAUAAAGCUUCUACCAAUCAAUAUUGAAACAGGGUAUCAAAUUAAUACCUCAGUUCACCUUGAGAACAUCUCCUUUGGCCGAGCUUUUCUAGAACUGCAUACUGCUUGGUAAUCCUGGUUUAUUCCCAAAUCCAAUGUGAAUAAAAUUAAUCCUUGCAUAUACUAUUUUAAAAAAAGAACCAGGUAUAAUUCCCAAUACAUUUCAUUUUACGGGUAAAAUGAUAAAUCAAGUCAAAUCACAAUGUCACCAAGUCAGAAUAUACCAGUAGGAAUUCUCUGGGAAAAAAAAGCAGAAGAAGAAAAAUCUUUAAAUCAUAUAAAAAAAACAUGGGCGCAAUGUUCCUUGACAGUGCAUGCUCUCAUUAGCAGCAUUCUAACUCUCUCAUACAGGGGGAGAAUUUAAAGUCAAAUUGAAAUUUAACACCAGAGUAGCUGGACUGCAACAUAGCAGAUAUAGAGAUUUAUUCCACUUCAGCUAUUUUGACCUUGAAUUUGAAAUUCACUUUGAUUUCACCUUAAAAUCUAAAUUUAGUAAAUACCGCUGUUGGUCUAGUGCUUAUUCAUUGACCUCCAGAACACUUACAACACUUAAAUAAAGGGGGAUUCAAUUCUUAAUGUUUUUAAAAGCUCUGAUUAUAUGUGUUUGCUAUUUAUAUGUUUCUCAUAUGUUCUCUCUUUUUUUUCCAGUCCACCCAGUACAAGCAGCAAUGGUAAAAGAAGAACAUCGCUUAAUCAAGACAAUGUCACAUAGGCCAAUGCCAUUUUCACAUGUGCAUUGUUUUCAUUCACAUCUUUAGGAAUAAAUACAUUGAACAUUCA